CAUUCCUUUUCGUCACUAUAUAUAUAGAUUAUAGAAUCUGAGUUUUCUCAUAAAUCUCCUCUCUAGAAAUUAAUUAGAAGUGCGAAGAAGACAGAGAGAUGGUCAACUUUUUCUCCAUUUACAAGCCCUUGUUACAUGGGGUACUGAAGCUAGUUGGGAUGACAACCCAAGCCGUCGAGAUCGAACCAGGGACGGUCUUGAACUUCUGGGUUCCAACUGAAACGACUAAGAAGACGAAUAACAAAAAAAACAAGCCUGCCGUGGUGUUUCUUCAUGGAUUUGGCAUGGACGGCAUUUUAAACUGGCAAUUCCAGGUGUUCGCCUUGGCCAAAAACUAUGCAGUCUACGUUCCGGAUUUUCUCUUCUUCGGCGGUUCAGUUACUGACCGACCUGAGCGGACGGUGGAGUUUCAGAGUGAGUGUAUGGCUGAAGGGCUGAGGAAGCUCGGAGUGAAGAAGUGCACUCUUGUUGGAGUCAGCUACGGUGGGAUGGUUGGGUUCAAAAUGGCUGAAAUGUAUCCGGACUUGGUUGAGUCGAUGGUGGUGAGUUGCUCAGUCAUGGCGUUGACUGAGUCUGUAAGCAAUGCCGCGCUUCAGAGAAUCGGGUUCUCUUCUUGGGCAGAGUUUUUGCUUCCAAAUACAGUCGAGGGUUUGAGGACCCUCUUUGACAUCGGCAGCUACAACUUGCCGAGAGUGCCUAAAUUCAUCAGCGAAGACAUUUUGGAGGUCAUGUUUGAUCACAGAAAGGAGAGAACUGAACUUCUAGAGGCGUUGGUGAUAAGUGAUAAGAAAUUCUCCAUUCCUCAUUACCCACAGAAGAUAUAUCUCUUGUGUGGUGAAAAUGAUCUGAUUUUCGAUAUGGAAACUGCCUGGAACUUGAAAGAGCAGGUGGGAGACAAAGCAACCUUACUGGCAAUAGAGAAGGCUGGUCACCUGGUUAACCUGGAGCGACCCUUCGUCUACAACAAGCACCUCAAGAGAAUUCUCGCCACUUUGACAGAAGAACAAAAAUGUCACUACAAUCAUUACAACAAAAAGGGCUUUUAGCUACGAAUUUUUUCGUUGCUAAAAACCUAGAAAUCGUCACGGAAUAUGUUUAGUGACGGAAGAAAAUCGCAGCCACGAUCGUCGUGAUAGGCAUGUCGCGCUUGAUUUUAGGUGACGAUUUGUUAAAAUUCGUCGCUAAAUCUGGCGACAAACCAAAAAAUUGUCGUCUAUACCAUUUUCGUCGCUAAAACUAUUUAUCGGUGAAAUGUUAGUUGUUGUCGCCUAAAGUUAAUAGCGAUGUACUCUUUAUUGUGUCGUCGACACUAUACCAUGAUGAAAUAUAUGUUUGUUGCCUAACGUAUACCGCGACAAAAUGUGAAUUU